GCUGGGGAACGAGAGGAGCAUCCAUGCCCCUCUCGGGACCAGGAAGGUCCUCAGUCCCUCCCCCUGGAGGUUCUGUAUCAGAAGAUAAAUAUAUUGGUGGAUUUCCUGCUCCAAAAGUAUAGUAUUAAGGAAAUGACCACCAGGGCAGAAAUCCUUCACUGUGUCCUGAAGGAUCACUGGGAGCACUUCCCUCUGAUCUUUGCAAAAGUCUGUGAUUGCUUGUACAUGCUCUUUGGCGUUGAUGUGAAGGAAGUAGAUCCCCCCGGGUGCAUAUAUUCCCUUGACCCUGUCCUGGGUCUCACCUAUAAUGAGCGAAAUGGUGAUGACUACCGCAGUGCCAAAAGCAGCAUCUUGAUCUUGAUUAUCACCACCAUCUUCAGGAAGGGCAACCGAGCCAGUGAGAAAGUUAUCUGGCUUGAACUCAGCAGGAUGGGGGUGUUUGAUGGGAGGGAGCACGCAGUCUAUGGGGAGCCCAGGAAACUCAUCACUGAGGACCUGGUGGAGGAAGGGUAUCUAGAGUAUCGCCAGGUGCCCAAUAGCAAUCCCGCUCGCUAUGAGUUCCUGUGGGGCCCAAGGACCCACGCUGAAACCAACAAGAUGGAGGUCCUGGAGCAUUUGGCUAAGGUCAAUAAGAGAGAUCCGUGGUCCUACCUCCGUCUCUAUGAGGAGGCUUUCAGAGAGCAGCAAGAGGCUCUCCAUGCACAACGUGUGGGCCACUGAGGGGCAAGGUGCAG